CCAGUGCUCGGUCUCAGGCUAAACAGUGUCUGGAUCAAAUCAGGAGUUCACUUUUUGUUUUUUGUUUUCUUUUGCAUUUAUGCUAAAUAGGCACGUGUAAAAUUAGCUCUUUUAUAUAAUAGCUGAGUGAAUAAUAAAAAAAAAAGAAAAUAUGCCAUUUUACUCAAGAUUAAGUGGCGUCUUCCUAAACGCGGGGUUCGCUGUUGAGCGAUUGAGCUCUACGUUGCAUACUCAACGUUCUGCCGAAGAAAAACAAUAAAUGUUUUCGGCUUCUGAACAGAUGGAGCGUGAAAUCAGGGCAUAAUCAUUAAGUAUAUUGUACACUAUCUAAACAAACAGUAAAGAUAAAGUAAGCGUUUCACUCUGUAACUAUAACAAGCUAUAAAAUGAGCUAGUAAGCUUGUCAUGCAAAAGUAGGCGUUUGGGUUAUCUUUAUGCAGUUUUAAUGAUACAGCCUUUGCGACAUGCAAGCGUCAACAUCUGCAGCUGCCAAUGAGGUGAGAGGCAGAAGAAGCGCUGAAGAUGUGGAGAACUCAAAAACACACUUCAGAGUCUGUCGUUUUAUCAUCGAGACCGGUGUUAAGUUAGGCAUGAGAUCUGUGCCAAUGGCUACUGCAUGUGUGCUGUAUCACAAGUUCUUCCAGUCUGCUAGUCUGCAGGUCUACGAGCCUUACCUAGUGGCCAUGUCCGCAAUCUACCUAGCAGGCAAAGUGGAAGAGCAACAUCUCAGGACAAGAGACAUCAUCAAUGUCUGUCACAGGUAUUUUCAUCCAGAGAGUGAUCCACUGGAGCUAGAUGGGAAGUUCUGGGAGUUGAGGGACAGUAUAGUACAGUGUGAACUCCUCAUCCUCAGACAGCUUAACUUCCAAGUGACAUAUGAGCAUCCACAUAAGUACCUGAUGCACUACCUGCUCUCUGUGAAGAGUCUUUUGAACCGCCACGCUUGGUCUCGAACCCCCAUUGCUGAGACUGCACUAGCCUUGUUAAAAGACUGUUACCAUGGCUCUGUGUGUAUCCGUCAUAAACCUCAACACAUUGCCCUCACCUCCCUUUACCUCGCUCUCCAGACAUAUGGAGUAAAGAUCCCCAGAGGAGAAGUAGAGUGGUGGCAGGUUUUUUGUGCAGACAUUACCAAGCCUCAGAUUGAGACCAUCAUGAGUGAAUUACUGCAGCUCUAUGACAUGGAGGCCAAGUGUACCUGAGAGAAACACAAAUUAAACUGUAUUAAAACACUGAUGUGGAAACCAACACACCCUAAUGUCCAUAUUCUUUUUGCAGGCAUUUUUGUGACUACCUGAAGUCUGAUAGUCAUAAGUCAUAUCUCUUGAUGUUUAACCUAAUGAGCUCUACUUUUUAAUUACAUCAUAGAGCAUGAAGAUUCAAAAAGGAUCUCCAAGAAUGUCUGCCUAAUAGUGCUGUAUAUGGUGGACAAUGAGGAAGAGAAUUUAGUUAUAUAUGGGAAUAAGGUUUGGAUGUGCAAUUUAUAGUGUGGCAGUUUGAAAAACAGACUCUAGCCACACCACAUCAAUCAACUGCAAGCCACCGACCUACUUUCUUCUCCCUACCUUGAGCUAAUUUUCCCUCCAAAAGGGGGAAAGAGAAAUUACAAAAGAGAUGGAAUGGUUGGUUGCAAGACGAAUGAAACAAAAGAGGUGCCAACCUGUCCCCAGAGCUGAAUUGUUACUUUUGGUGAAACAGCUAGAUCUGAGCAGUUUCUUUGAUGUUUUAUAAUUUCAUUCCUCUUUUCCUUUCCCUACUGAUUUUGUCCUAGUAGAUUUCUUUAUGUAACUCCCUAAAGCGGUAUUACUGUACGAUUAAAGCAUGGUAUCACGAUUUUACUAGUCUCCAGACUUCUAUUUAUAAACAUUGUGUCUCAGCCUAUUACUGUAAACUUUGUUUCUCAAUCACCUAUGGACAUGAACUGACAGAAAAGUUUCAUUCUAAAGUAUAUAUUUAAAAUCUGUCAUUUCCAAUAAAUGUUUUCUUGUACUAAUGCUUAUUGGAACAGCA